AUUGGUCGUCGUGGUUUGGGCUCUGGGGCUGAUUGGCCUACUCCAUAACUCACCCUUCUGAGCUCAAGUCGCAUCACAAUGGCCAAGGAAAACACGAAGAAGACGAAGACGGUCGUUGCCGACGUCAUCUCGCGUGACUACACGAUCAACCUCCACAAGCGUCUCCAUGGCGCUACCUUCAAGAAGAAGGCCCCCAAGGCCGUCCGUGAAAUCAAGGCGUUCGCCCAGAAGGCCAUGAAGACGUCGGAUGUCCGCAUCGACGCCAAGUUGAACAAGUUCAUCUGGUCGCAGGGUGUCCGCAACAUCCCGUACCGCGUCCGCGUCCGUCUCUCGCGCAAGCGCAACGACGACGAGAACGCCAAGGAGAAGCUCUACACGCUCGUCCAGCACGUCCAGGUCGCCACGUACAAGGGCACGGUCACCGAAAACGUCGAAGAGUAAGCGAUGGAUCUAGUUUUAGAUCAGGGUGAGGGGUCACGGGCCGAGUUUGAAAAGGUCAUGUGCCCACACGGGCCGUGGCUGGACCAUGUAAUACGACGCC